AUGUCUGCAUUGCUUCAAUCAGUAAUCAUUCUCGUUUUGGCUCAGACAGUCCAAUCGACGACUUGUCGCAAUAAGACGGCUUACACUGGACCCUGUUUUGCUGACGGUGAUCACUGUGAGCCAACAGGUGUUUGUGCCACUUCAUCGCUCGGUCUACAAUGUUGUCCAAUUGAUUAUGUUGAUUUGACAAUGCCUAAAGAAGAAUUGAUCACUUGUUCGAAUCUGAAAGCUUGCACUGGGCCCUGUUUUGGAAUGGGUGAUGAAUGCGAGCCAAAAGGUCGUUGUGCCGCGACAGACAGCGGUCUUCAAUGUUGUCCAAUGGCCCAUGUUGUGUCUAGUUACAAUUCGGACGGCUCGCAAUCUGCCCAAGUUGGAUCGUGCAAGAGACGCGAUUAUGUGACUUUGAUGAAUCGGAAUACAGCUGACAAUUGCACUAAGAAGAAAUCGAAUGAAGAAACUCCAUCAACUUUCUCCGAUUUAUCAUCCAUCACCUACUUGGACACAAAUUUGGAGUCACUG